AUGCUUUCAGACACCUGCGCCUCAUGGAUGCGUUCCAUAAACUCAUGUUUUGGACGGGGGAAUAAGUCCAACUCCAACUCUGAGAAAUCCAUUGUCAUCACCAGGGAUCAGCGACCUACAUUCAGUCCGCCUCCGUAUGCCGAACCGGUAUUCUCGAAUGAAAGAUCAUUCGAACCGACACAUGAGCGUCAGAGGGGAAGGUCAAGGUCUAUCAAAGGCGUUAGGUCUUCACGUGGUGGCUCCGUCUCUAGGUCUAGGGGAAGGUGGUUGUCGAGAUCUUCAUCUCGCCCACGCCACCGGCCGCACAUAUCAGCCCCCACGAACUUUCGCCAUGUACAUUCCGAGUCUUUUCAGUACCCUACUCCUGGAGACCACCCUUCACAACAAUGCCUACUACCACAGCCACAGCUACAACAACAGGAGCAGCACCAGCGACCGAAAAGGUCAAGGCCGCCGUCGUUUCACCCCAUCGAGUUAAGUAUUCGAGCCUCGCCAUUACUACCUGACUAUGCCGCCGACGAGAAUGAGACCACAAGCCGUAUCACCCUUCCACCGCCAGCACACAUUGCAGAGGACAGCAACAUUACGCAAUGGGACAUUAGCAGUGCAACCAUGGGUUGCAAUAAUGUGGAUUAUCCAACCUCGUUCCAUCUUCCACGUCGUGCAGUUGGACAGGUCCAACAAUCGUCGACCAAUAGCCAGUUCCCACCAAGAAUUCCGACCAAGUCCAGAGCCCGAGCUUAUACUGCACCCAGCACCGAGAUUAUGGUGGAAAGGAUAGCAAGUGCGAUGCUCGAGAAGGAGAAGUUGCAGGCCGAACUUGAUGAGCUUGUUGAGCGGCAAAGUGUGUAUAAGGGCAGCAUGCCCGGUACUCCUGCCGGCUGUAGUGCGAGUGAGUCCAUGCCUGCGUUCGAUGUUCCUGCUAUCCCAGCUGCUGCUCCAUCGUUCGCCGAACGUCUCAGCUACGACGAGCGUAGACCGAAAACUGCGCCCUCAAGCAGUCAACCCCAGGGCCCAGGAGCUUUCUCCGAUCUGAAGGCCGCAAGUGCCACGCCGGACAGAACUACACUUGCUCUGGCAGCGGCAGCGUUCAACUCUCACCCACCCAUGAUCAACUUUGCUCACCACUGGUACGGACAAAAUGGAUCCGACCACGGAGCGAAUGGACACCGGAAAUCACCUUCCACCUCGACGGUGAAAGCAAGCGCCAACGAGUCUCGCACCCGAAUCUCCAAGCCCGUCCCCCCGCCACAAAGAAUCAUCACUUCGGAAUUCGAUCGUGCCAUCGCUCCUCCGCUCCCUCUCGUUCUUCGCCCACCCCUCCGAAAGAAGAAAUCCUUUUCCCGCGUCUCCAAUUGGCUCUUUCCGGGCGGUGGUGCUACAGUGUCCAACUACUCCAACAGCAAUCUCCCUGACGCAUAUGACAGCUACAGAAAACGACAGGACAGCAUAAGCAAAGAUUCGAUCACCAACGUUCCGAAGCCGAUCAAGCAAAACGAAGGGUAUUAUCAGUGCUUCACCCCGUCGCAGGGCAACCAGCAACAGCAACGACAGCAGGGUGCGAGCAUGGAUUACAUGAAUAACAACACCUACAGCGACACAGCCUCCACAUGCUCCCCCUCCUCAUGGCGAUCCGAAGAAGAAGAAGUGCCCACCACCACUUGGUCGCUAGGCAGCAGUCCAGUGCGCCAGACGCCCGGACAAACGCCCAAGCAGCAGACUCCGGUGCUGAGUGCUGAUGAGGCUAAUUUCGCCGUUUCUGCUGCUUUUGGUGCACAAUCUACUACUACUGCACCCAAAAUCGAAGUUCAAGGGGGAGGGGAAAGAGCAGUUAAUGGCAGCAGUUCGAAGGGUGCAGGUGCAGAAGCUGGUGAAGGUGAAAGAACAGGAGAUACCGGAACAUGUGUGACGGUUACGGGACUGAAGAUACCCGAGCACAGGAAUGGACACCGGCCGCAGAGCGUGGGUGUCGCGUUUUGAGAGUGCGAAUAACGAACGAAACGAACCGCUAAACCCAAUCCUCAGUCUUACUGGUAUUUCUUUUGGUCAAUUUAGGGAGGACAUCAUCAAAUUAUCAUUUUAACGCUCGGCGGUCCACUGGGCAUGGUUAGUCAACUGUUGUACCAUCUUGAUGAUGCGAUAUCAACCAGUUGACUGGUAACGAUGGGUUUUAUCCUCCUUUGGAGAUGAGGUGGUACUCUGCUUAAUUCAUUACUUAACCUUUGGCGCAGAGGAAAGGAGCAUGAUCCGUUCAAUCGGAU